UGAAAGAAACAGGUCAGUCGACGUACGACUGCUUCUUCACAAACUGUCUGUAAUAACUUUGUUAUUCAGUUACAGCAGAUAAGUCAUGUUUCUGUUUGAACAUGUUGUUACAUAAAUACAUGUUCGUGGCAGCACUAUUUGUGAUCUGUGAUGGGUUUUUAGUGAAAGGUUCCUCCGGUCCUCUGGUUGUUGCUCUGGGAUCUUCAGUGGUUUUGCCCUGUUAUGUCGAUGAACCCUUACCAUUGAAAGGACUGAAGAUUAUUUGGAUACGCACAGAUAUUAAUACACUUGUUCAUGUUUACCAAGAUUAUGAGAGUCGACCAGACGCCCAGUAUCAGGAUUAUCAUGGCAGAGCUCAUUUCUUCACUGAUCAGAUCAAACAUGGAAACUUCUCCCUGUGUCUGGAAAACGUGAGAGCUGAAGAUAAGGGUUUUUACAGAUGUAAGGUUUACACUGAGCAGCAAUCUGAUGAAACCUUGGUGCAAAUUAAAGCAGUUGAGUAUCUGAGUGUAUCAGGAUCAGCUGAUCCCGUAUCUGCGUUUGUGGGUGAAGACGUCACUCUGAACUGCUCUGUACACUCUCACAUCACACCUGAACACAUUGAACGGGUCUCAUGGAGGAAGAUGAAUAAAGAUGAAAACAUCCUGGUUUUUGAAAGGAAUAAAACUCUACCAGUAGAUGAGCGAUACAGAGGCAGGGUUGAGUUCUUCACCAAUGAAAUGCGCAAAGGAAACUUCUCUCUCAGUCUGAAGAGUGUCAGGACCGAGGAUAAAGGGGUUUACAUCUGUCACGUGAUCGCUGGAAAUUUUUCAUCCAGUGCGACUGCAGUACUGCAGCAACUGGGUUACUCUUUUUUACACAAAAUUGUGCUUACUCUUUGUAUUUUUGCAUCCGGAUUUGCACUGCUGUUUUUAUUUCUAUGGUAUAAAAUCAGGAGAACCCUGUUUCUUCAGAUCUUGGUGGUCUCUGUACCAAACCUUGUUAUGUUUUUCGCCUAUUUGUUCUGGGGUGUCAUUGAAGGAUUUCUGAGUGAGACUGUUGCUUGCUGUGCUCAUUAUUUGCUGAGGCCCCUUCUACUGUUAUGGGCGUCUCCACAUUCAGAACAUUUCCCAGGUGAUCGUAAAACAGCUAUGCACUGCAUUGUUCAUCUGCAAUAUUCCCUCUUUGCAAAUGUUGUUUAUUCAGUUCUUUUUAAAUCCUUUUGGGAAAAAAGUCUGAAUUAUGAACAAUCUGACCGAGCCCUGAUAACCAUCCUUUUUGCUAUAAUGAUUCUGAUAUGCAUCACGAACAUCGUCUUCUUAUUGGCUGAACUGAUCAGAAAUAAAGAUGGUCGCAUGCGUGCUGUGUUAGACCUCGUGUCUGACAUCGGCCAUGAUGUUCUGCCUCCAUUACAACUCAUUUUCCUCUGCUACGCUUUUGGAGCUGCCAGCAGAGCACUUUUUGUUGUUGGAGUUUUUCCACUGUUUUUAACAUUGACCAGAUAUAACUGGCAUGCUGCAUGUGUGGAAAAACUGAAGAUUUCAGGUUUACGCUUGGCCAGGAGAGGAGCGUGGUUAAUGGUCAUGAUAGUAAUGAAUGCAAUAAUGGUCUAUUUGUACCUCAUAGCGCUGGAAAAAGAAAAAGAUUGUGAUGGAUGGGUCUGCGUAGCCGCAUUUCUUCAAGUUCUCUGGGGAAUUGUGGUCCUUAAACACUCAUUUGGUGACCUGGUUCUUCGUUUUAGACCUGCUGUGUACCUUAUCGGAUCAGUGGUUGUUGUUCUAGUGAACUCCUUUGCAAUGAUGACCGAGCUGAUCAUGAAAAUAAAUAAUGGUGAGCGUGCGAUGGAGGAUCUGAGGAAAGUUGUCUUUUCCUCUGAAUGCGUCUUUGCCUCAUUUGUGCUGCUGUUAAUCAUUUUCGAACCUUGGAUUAAAGAUGUUCACCACCAGAAUCCAGCAAGCAGAUCGCAGCAGAAUCACUCUUCUCAGAUUGAGGGCGUGUCUGAAGAAACUCCACAUAACCCAUCAAACCAGAAUGCAGCAGAAUCGUUUGAGCUGAGGCCGAUGUUAGCGACUCGAGAACAGGAAGCUAGAAACAUCGAGACACAACCUGAUUCUGUCCAACAAUCUGUGCAGUGAGUGAAUCUGACAGAUUUAUCCACCGUUUACUCCUCAAACAUUCAGGGGUCAAGCCGAGAGAUCAACUUUAAAAUGUCAUUACAUUCAUCAAGUUUUGUGUGUUUUUUUGUGGUUAGUGGGUCAUGUUGAUAUAGUGAUUUAAUAGAAAGCAUUGUGUUCCAGUAACUUCUAGAUCUGUGUCCUAAUUGGACACCCUACAACAACCUCAGUAAAGUAUGGUGGUGUCGCAUGAUUCUCUUGGAUGCAUAAACACUAUCAGAAACACUCCAGUUCAGAGGAACCACAGCUGAACAGCCUUACAACUCUUUUUGGUGCUUCAUCAAACAUUUUUAUAACUAGUUUUACCUUUUAUAUUUUAUUUAUAUAUAAUAUUGGGUGUCUUUUUUUGAUAAGUUGCUAUCAUGGACAGCAUGAAUAUGGUUCUGGUUUUCCUCAUGUUUCUCUUAUUAUUAUCCCUUCUGCUCUUAAUUUAAAUGUGCUAACUUGCAGACCAGGUUUCUGAACAAUGAUUCGGCUCGGUUAAUAUGAAAAUAUGGGCGCUCAUGUGAUAUUACAUCAGGUUUCAGAUGUCAAAUAUCCAAGAAUAAGACAUUGUAGAAGUUUACUUUCAGUAAAUGUUCUUUUUAUUGGACUGGGACAAAAUAAAUUGAGUUGUGAUUGUGUUUAUAUACAUUCAAAUCAAUGAGAUCUCUACUGUGUGUAUAGAGUUUUUAUUUUAUUAUAUUAUUUAUUUUACAUAAUAAAUUGUAUUUAGGUUUGUUACAUGCAUUAUUUCGUCCUCAUUCACAGUAUCAUUGUGUGUUUGUUUGGAUAUGUUGUUGUUUUAACACUGAUGAUAGAACUGAUGCCGAAGAAAGUUCAUUUCUGUUAUAAAGAGGGUCUAUUAGCAUAGAUUAAUUUGGAUAACAACAUACUAUCAAAUUCAUAACAAUUCGUAAUAAAUAUUUGUAUUUUAAUUCCCCAAUGAAUGGCGAGUGUACAGUUGGCGAUCUGAGAAUCGUCUUUCAUUUCAGUCUUUCAAUGCUGGCUUGGCAACAAGCUGAAAUAAAAGUUUUAAAAAUAUU